CAAUCAAUUGUAACAAUGAAGACGACCGUCGCUUUUGUAGUGAUCUCCGCGCUGUUGUGCGUCUGCUUCGCGGAAGAUUUAUGUCCAUGUACCACAGAGUACAGACCGGUGUGCGCUUCCAACGGUGUCACCUAUCCCAACAGUUGCGUCUUCGAAUGCGCCAAACGCACAGACACAAAGCUGUUUAUCGUCGACGAUGGAGUUUGCAAUGACAAAUGCUUCUGUCCAGAAGAGAUUUUUCCCGUCUGCACGACCAUCGGUACGUUCUCGAGUCGCUGCACCGUGGGAUGCUACAAUAGGGAAAAUCCCGACAAGACGAUCGAAAUUCUGCACAAUGGAUAUUGUCCAACGGAAUAAAAUUAUACACUUGGCAAACAACUUAUUUCGUAUUGAGUCAUCAUUGAAAUUAACAAUGGAAAUGCAAUGAUUUGCAUGAAACUGUUAAUAACAUUAUCUUUGCUAUUAUUCGAUUUUAUUAUUACAUUUUUAUCGUAAAUUUGUUAAUAAAAGUAUUUUUUUAGUA